AUGUACAUGAACACCCGUGACCUCGUGGACGGAACCACUGGGCCGACUGGUGUAGACGAGGUCUACUGCGUCCACGGUUCGAACGUCAGCACAGCUGCAGCCAUGGUCUACGCCCCACCGAGCACCUUUGUUAGUCCCUUUCCCGACCAAUCACCCACUAUUCUAUUCGACGACGGUGAUGGGACCGUCAACGAGCGCAGCCUCGCUGUCUGCAGCCGGUGGAAAGAUGUCCGCUACACUGUGCUGCCGAGCGCUGAUCACCUCGGCAUCGUCCGUGAUCCGCGUUUUCUUCAGCAGCUUCUGGAUAUUGCCAAUGCACGAGCGGGCAAACAACUGUAUCGAAACUUCAUUCCAUGGGAGGAGCUCAUUACCACCAGCAACCGGAAGUCUCCCUCUCCACCCGCUAUUCCUAUCAGCGCGCUUCCAAUCUCUGUACUCUGA